AUGGACCUUGCUCGCGAUGUCAUUGAUCAGGAAGGCGAUACGUUUGAGUAUUAUGCCACCCGCCUGGUCUCCGCCGUGGUCACUCAGAUCUUCUCAUACAUGAUUGACAGUGGACUUCAAGACGGCUACAUCUGCACAGGAGAGGCUUUUGUUUUUCUCCAUAUUCCAGAGGAUCCUACUGUUAUUCAAUAUUACUUAUGUGUGCCGAAUCAAGACGUGCAGGGGAACGAUCAGUGCCGUCUCCACCGGACGGCUAUCCGCCAGGUACUUGCCUUCACUCUUCAGGUGUUGACCACCGAGCCUCCAUCUCAAGAGUGGCACGAUACAGCGCGUGAACAGCUUACUACUUGGGAAGUCGAAUAUUUGGACGUCUUGCGGGAGAUCCCCGAAACCAACCAAAAAAAACACAAUACACGGUCCCGCGCUCGCUGUCAAACAGAUAUUACGACUCCGAAGCACUCGUCUGCGGAAGGGAGUGGCAGUGAGGAAGAACCUCACUCCCCAUCUACUACAGCGGCAGCGCGCAGCCAGGCGAGAUACCAAAAAUUGAGCCGCAGGAGUAACAAAAAGCAGAGCGGCCGUAGACAUAGUGGGACGGAGGCAGGACAGGAUUCUCCAAAAAACAACCGGGUUAUACGAGCGUACUGCACCAUGAACUGCAUACGCGGCAUAGCCAAUCGAGAUCUUCUGGAUAAAGAAUGCCCAAAUUUACAAAGGCAUUUGCAACAUUCUAGCAGUCACAGGCAUUCGAUAGACUCGGCAGAGUUCACCCGCAGGAUUCAUCGUCAGCUCGUGCAGAAUCGAAAUGAGGGAUUUGAACAACUACACGUGCGCGGCCGAACGGGUUACCUUGUGAAGGCAACCCUUCUAACACAUGGAUACACGGUGGUUAUCAAAGCCACCACGGCAGAGAAGCAGCGUCGCCUCCAAGCAGAGGUGGAAAACUAUGUCCACCUCCGAAGCCUACAAGGCCAACAGAUUCCCGUCUGCCUGGGUGCUUUCAAACCACGCAUCGCAUAUUGGUACCACGGUGAGAUAAUGGCGCACAUGAUGAUCUUAGGUUGGUCUGGAAUACGACUUCAGCAUGUCAUCAACGAUGAAAAUUCCACCUUUUCGACCUGGAGCGCAAGAAAGUUCUUGCUGUGCUACAGUCGCACGGAAUCAUUCACGGUGAUAGUGAGUGGUGCAAUAUGUUAUGGGAUAAUGCGGGCCGCCAUUUGGUUGUCAUUGAUUUAG